CGGGGUGGGGUGCGCAGAGGGGCGCAUCACGAAGGGGAGGCGGGCAGGCGAAGCCACCAGCGCCCGCCUCCUCCUCCUCCUCCUCCGCCGCCGCCGCCGCCCUGCCUUCCCCAAUGCCAUGCCAGGAGCCGGAAAGCAAGCAGUCCGCCCCGCUUGCAGAGGCGACUCCGCCGCCCCCCGUUCCCCCCCGGCCGGUGCAGGCUGACCAGCCGCCGCUUUAGGAGGCAGGAUCCGUCCAGGCAACUCUUCGCCGCCCGCAAUCGGAUGCGCCUCGGGCAGCUCCAGCUGCGGCACCUCUGGGAUCCUGGAGCCGGCUGAGCAGCGCCAAGAGCAGCCCGCGUGGGGCAGGCGCUGCCAGGAGGCGCCGGAGGGGAGGGGAGGAGGAAGGAGCCUUCCGCCGGGUCUCCUCGAGGGCAUCUCCUCUUCCCUUCCAGCCUCCUGCCUGUGCAGAAGACCAUCCGCCUCCACCUCCAUCCCUCCUGCCGGGCAUCAGGACAAACUGGACCGCUCCGCCUGGCCUGUCCUUCUAGGGAUCAAGCGAGGUAAAGUAGCUUCUCAACUCCAGCACUGAGAAUGGGUGUGGGUCUUGUUUGCUUCAACUCAAGCUAAGCUGGGGGAUAGGAAGUGCCCUGGUGGCUGCAGCGGAGCGGGUGAAGCACCACACGUGUGCCUGUGUUUGGUUCACCAUGCGCUUGUUUUAAUUCCUUUUUAAAAAAUCAUUUGCCAGAAGGCCUCCACUUUGCACCUUCACGUCCUCCCCCACCCUUUGGUGUUGCUCUGGGGAGGAGAAUUUCUGCCUGUCUCUUGUGUGUGCCACAUACAGACACACACCUGCCUGCCAGUGGGAAACCCAGUUGGACUUUCAAGUGACAGAAAUAACCACUUACGCUGGGGGGGACGGGGACAAGGAGAACCAUCUUUCAUCCCAACCCCAAGGAGCCAGGGAAAAGAUGUGGCUCUGCAGUGAAGAUUGGGGGAGAUGGAUUUGAAGAGGAGGAUGAAGAAGCCAAGCUUGGCGUGAAUAUACUGCUGAGAAAGGAGCAUUUCCCUUUUAAAAGGAUACUGCUUUGGUUUGGAUCGUCUCGCCAUUGAAGAUCCCCCCCCCUCUUUCUCCUUAAUGCCAUCCCUUUCUCUGACCCUCACACUGAAAGUGGACAGCCACAAAAAGGAUGCUAGAAGACACGGCGUGGAUCCUGCUCCCACCUCAUUUGCUCCUUCCCUCUGUGAGGAAAAUCUGACUGUGUCGGCUGGCUUUCAUUUCACCGAGGCCAAAGAUUCCACCCAAGUCACUUCUAGGCACACAGUUGAGAUGGGACCUAUGUGUGCCUGACUGAGGAGUACGUCACAUAUGCCAGUGUUUCAGAAAGGAACUGAGAAAACGAACUCUUGAUGCCUCCAUGCCUUGACCUACUUGAGCCUUCACCGAGGUAAUUCUUGACCGUAGGCAGAUCCUCUUCACAAAUUCUCCAAGGAUCGGUUGGUGAAAACAAGCAGGAUGCCUCGAAACAGGGCCUUCUCUGAGCCAGAACACUCCGCGGAGUACUCUGCAGAAUAUUCGGUCAGCUUGCCCUCUGACCCUGAACAUGGGGUAGGCCGAACCCAUGAAGUGACGGUGCGGAGCUCUGGCUCAUGCCUUUGUCUCCCACGCUUUAUGCGCCUCACGUUUGCCCCCGAGUCUCUGGAAAACCUCUAUCAGACCUACUUCCGGCGGCAGCGUCAUGAGACUUUGCUGGUCUUGGUGGUCUUUGCUGCUCUUUUUGACUGCUAUGUCAUCAUCAUGUGCACCGUGUUGUACACCCCAGACAAGCUGUCAUCUACCCUGGCAGCCUCAGUUGGCCUGGCUGUUCAGAUUCUCCUCUUUGUCCUAUGCAAGUACCAACUCUUGCCUGACCGAGUCACCCGGAAGUUCAUGCCCUAUAUCCUGUGGAUACUUAUAGCGGCCCAGAUAUUCUGUUACCUGGGCCUGAGCUUUGCUCGCUUCCAUGAGGCCAGUGACACGGUUGGCUGGCAGGCCUUUUUCGUCUUCUCCUUUUUCAUCACCCUCCCCCUGCGCCUCACACCCAUUGUCCUUAUCUCAGCCGUCUCUUGCAGCAUCCACACCUUGGUGCUGGGGGUCACCAUAGCUCAGCAGCAGCAAGACUCAAUCAAUGCAAAGGACUUGCUGUGGCAGGUAAGGAUGAGGACUUUUGCAGAUUUUGGCAAAAAUGGCCUAUGA